AUGGAAGAGGAAAGAGAAGGAGAUAUUAGAGUCCCUCUCAUCUCCGCUCUAUUCUGCCUGUUUGUAAUCUCCGGUGGAGUCUUCCUUGUUGUCUACGUCUACGCUCCCAACCUUUCUGAGCCAUGGUUUCCCAUGGCUGCGUUCUUAUUAAUAGGCUCGCCAUGGAUUUUCUGGUUCCUAACCUACAUCUACACCUGUAUCAAAGCUUGUUUCCGCCGCAACCCCGUCGAGGACCGCCAGAUUUCCCGGCGUGGCAGCCUUGCAACACCACCACCAAAGCCCGCCAACACGGCGGUACUGCCAAGCAAUGAUGAGCCACCUGAGAAUUCUCCUAAAGACGGACGGCACGUGCACUUUGGGGAGGCGGCGGUGGUGGUGAAAGGUGAGGACAGUGGAGGCCAGAAUGGAGAACAUGGCGGAGGAGAAGAGUCGUCGGGCUUGGAAGACCCUUCGCCAAGAGGCCUUGCUACUUUUUGUGUGACUACUGAUAGUGAUGACCUACUUCACUCCCGCUACAGACCUUCAAACAACUGCUACUGGAAACUCUAA